AUGCCCACACCAGGAAGUAGAAUGGAUCUUCUCAACUCUACAUCACAAAGCGAUGGACCUUCCCUUGUCAAACACUCUCUUAAGAUUCCCACUCACUGUCUCCUUUUCUCCUUGAUUUCGGCGCGGGGAGGGGGGGAGGCACCGCAGGACAAGGAGGACCCUCUCCCCAAGUCCUCUCCUAGGUUCCUCCCCUCCACCGGCUAUUCUCCCAGGUCCGGUCCAACACCUUUCCCCACACCCCAAGAUCUCCGGACUGUCCCCACCCUCCUCAGACUCUCUCCUAGGUCCCCUCCCCCAUUAGUCUCUUUCCCCCUCAGACUCUUUCCUAGGACCCCUCCCUCCUCAGACUCUCCUAAGUCCCCACCCUCCUUGGUCCCAACCCUCCUCAGACUUUCUCCGGGGUCCCCUCCCCCCUCAAAUUCCUUCUUGGGUUCCCCCCACCACGACCCCUCACAGUCCCCUCCCCCCUCAGACGCUCCUCCCCGCUCCCUCCACAAGGGAAGGCCCCGCCCCCAGGAGGCCAGGGCCCUCAGAGCCGCCUCGGGGGGAAGGCCUGAUUCUGGCCCCGGCCUGCAGGAUCCUUAA